AUGUCACUCACUAUGAUUAAGCAGAAGUGGUUCCCUUCUCGCGACACAACGACCUCCUUCGCCGGCAAGAACAUCAUUGUUACAGGAGCCAAUUCUGGAAUUGGGUUCGAGGCAGCAGUAAAGUACUCGGCCCUCGGAGCUUCGAAAGUCAUCCUUGGUGUUCGAUCCGUACAGAAAGGCGAGACAGCAAAGUCCGCUAUCGAAGGCCGGACACACAAGACUGGACAACUUGAAGUGUGGGAGGUGGACAUGUGCUCAUACGACAGUAUUCAGAAGUUCGCCGAGCGUGCUUCGAAAGAGUUGGAUCAUCUGGAUAUUGCGGUCUUGAACGCUGGGGUCACGGUUCCCGAGUAUCGACAAAGCAAAUACAGAUGGGAAGAAACACUUCAAGUCAACACACUAUCAACAUCCUUACUCGCUUUCCUCUUGCUACCCAAGUUGAGGGCUUCCAAAACUGCAGCAAGUGAGCCUGUCCUCGAGAUUGUCGGAUCAAGUCGUCACUAUGCGGCCAGCAUUCCGGCCAGCCAUAAAGACGCCAUUCUAACGUCCUUCAACGCAAAAUCGACCUACAACGUGCACGUUAACUACGCAAUAUCGAAGUUCCUCAUCAUGAGCAUCGUUGGAACCCUUGCGAACAUCACUUCGAAGAACGUCAAAGAGCCUGACGUCGUUAUUACUGCCGUGUGUCCUGGCGCCGCCAACACCAACUUGGCCCGAGAGUUUGAUGCGUGGUACUUCAAGCUCAUAGUACCGAUUUUCCUGGGCCUUUUCUCCAAAAGUGCCGAAGCUGGUUCCAGGAUCAUUGUCAGUGGGACGACUUUGGGAGCGGCUGGAAAUGGCAAGUUUUGGUACCAUGACCAGAUUAGACCAGAUCCACCGCUACUUCAGGGCGAAGAGGGAGAAAAAUUGCGGGAGCAGAUUUGGACUGAAGUCAUAGGUGCGCUGAGGAAGGAUGUUGGAAGUAUAGACUCGAUCAUUGAGGCCGCCAAAGGACCCAAGGUGGCUCCUCCGCCCUCUCUCCGCCGCAGCGUAAAGCCCGCAUCCCACGCCACCUCCUCUCUCCUCCGCUACAUCUUCCCAUCCACGCGCACCCGAGCACGCGCUCAGCUCUCACGAUUCCGCCACGAGACCAUCCCGAAUUUCAAGCAUAGGGCCCAGUCCCGUAUCUGCAGAUAUAUCCUCUACCGCCAAGCUACAAAGCUCAAGAAGGCAAAGGACCCACAGAGCAUCAUCCAGCAACUCCGCAGCUUCGGACGGCACCUGCUAAGACCAGGCCCUACAACUACUUCUAAUAGAGACGAUGUUGUCGCCCGACGGCGCAUGAUGAACCAGUCGCGUGGUUCUAACGGCUACGAUAUGGAGAGUUCUGGUGCUGGUCAAGACAUGGGCGGGUAUAGGUCCGAGGGACGGGAGCCUGGAGCGAGGAGGAAGAAACUGGCGGGCUAUCUAAAGGCGGCAAAUGAGCUGCGGCAGUCUUACCAGCAGAGCUACACCCAAGGAUGGAGCAGUAACCGGGAUAUGCGGUAUGAGGAUGGAGAUGACGGCACGCCAGGUGCCUUUCCGGAUGCUGCAGUGGUCAGAAGUGGAGAGGAAGAGAUGAUCUUGUUUCCGAGUUAUUCCAGGAAGCAUAUCAAGAAGAAGCCACAAGCGGAGCCUGGAACAAUUCAGGAGACGCCGGGCGACGGACGAGAUGUUCGAGACUCAGUUGGUGCUGGAGAUGCUGAGUUCUGGAAACAACAGUGGGAGGCUUAUGAGGACGAUAAUGCCAUUGUGGAUGUCGAUGUACGCGGGUGGAUAUAUUCUCCUCACAAGGGACAGCUAACUCGAAAGCACCGCCUAUUUGUAGGGGUUGCGAGGAGCCUUGUUGGUAUAAAUGCACCUCCAGCCAAGAGCAGCGACAGCAGCCGGAAUCCGAGUCCGCACAGUGGCCACCAAGAAAGAGCAGCGAGACGGGACGAAGACAUGGUUGCCAAAGAAGCCGACGCUAUUCUAAUGAAAGGCGAGAAAGAGGGUGCUAUUGCGGCCAAGGGCGGGUAUAGUGAGGCUGCUCGAGAUGACGAUUCGGACAGCCCAUACGAUUCGCCUGCACAACACUCACGAAAAGGGUCACAUCAACUGAAGCACGCCGCCUCUUUGAAGUCCUUGAAUUCCUUGAAAGAUGACGAUAUAACUCCAUUGCAGAAACGGCAAUCAUGGAAUCAACCAGCAAAUAUGAGCCCUACUGAGCUUACAGAAGCAAACAACCAUCUAAUGGCGCGACUAAAACCUUUCAUGUCGAACCCUAUGGCGAAUGAGCCCAUUAGCGUUUUCUUCUAUAACGAGGAUACGUCAAAGCAGAGAACGGUGUACACCAACGCGGCUGGCCACUUCAACGUCCGUGCAGCUUUAGAUUUUAUCCCAACUCAUGUACGGAUAAUAGCAUCGGAACGUCUUUCUGCUACGACGGAGGUGGUCAUAACCGAUCCCACGGGCAUCAGUCUCAUCAGUGACAUCGAUGAUACUAUCAAACACUCUGCAAUCGGCAGCGGUGCGCGCGAGAUUUUCCGUAACGCUUUUAUUCGCGAACUCGGCGAUUUGACCAUCGAAGGCGUUACAGAAUGGUACAAUCGAAUGGCUGAUAUGGGCGUGAAGUUCCACUACGUUUCCAACUCGCCUUGGCAGCUUUACCCAGUCUUAACGAAGUUUUUCACACUGGCUGGCCUUCCAUCCGGAUCCUUUCAUCUCAAGCAAUACAAUGGCAUGCUACAAGGUAUCUUCGAGCCAGUUGCGGAAAGAAAGAAGGGCACACUCGAUAAGAUUGCCAGAGACUUUCCGGAGAGGAGCUUCAUUCUUGUGGGCGACAGUGGAGAAGCUGAUCUCGAAGUCUACACAGACUUUGUUCAAGAAAACCCGGGAAGGGUGUUGGCAGUUUUCAUUCGAGACGUAACAACACCUACGUUCAAGGGGGGCUUCUUUGAUUCCUCAAUGGGACCUUUGACUGGCGAGAGGUCGUCAAGUACAGGUACGCAAGGUGGGAGGAAUGGCCGAGCGACUGCUUCAUUGACACCCAUGGAAGAAGAUGACGACCCUCAUCUCAAGGCAGCAAUCUCUGCUUCACUUAAGGACAUGGAACGAGAGAACAAGAAGGGCAUCAAUUCGUGGCCUCACGAGGAGGAUUCCCCAGAGAGGAGACCUCAGCUGCCACCUCGUAGAUCAACACAGCCACGUCAGCCAGAACCGCAGGAGAAUCUCAUAGACUUUUCGGACGGUGAGCAGGAUCCUGGGUUCCAUAACCAAUCGCCACUUCGACGUGUCCAUACUUCAGCUGAGGUUGAGGAUUCUGAGAAGCGUAAGUCCGUAGCCUCGACCUCCAGUGCAAAGUCGAUGCCACCGAAGCUACCGCGGAAGCCUGUUGCAUUGCGUAGUACUUCGAACGAAGAAGCACCGCUUGCAUCCUCUACAACCUCAUCAAAGCCGCCUAUACCCCCAAAACCUCGCCGUCCAUCCAACUCCAUCCACGGAUCCAGCCCCUUAACCAACCAAGUCCAGACUCAAUCCCCCAAACCAAGACCAGCACAAAAGCCACCCACAGAGCGCGCCGAGCCAUCAUAUUCCUACAGGGACUCCGCCCGCCAGAAACUCGCGUCCGCAUACAACAAUCUCCCUUCCGCCUCCUCAUACCUAUAUGGAACACCACAGGACCAGACAUCACCCACCAGCGACUCGGUGCGCAGCAUGAGCACAUCCUCCGAAGCGUCAACGAAACGCACAGCGCCGCCUCCCCCACCGCCGCGGAGGGCGAUAGCCUCCUACCCCGUCGCCGCCGCUUCAUACGCCUCGUCGAAAGUGCAAGGUGCAUGGAGCGGCGGCAACCCCGCUGCAAGCAGCAAUCUCAAUAUCUCUCAGUCUCAAAGCAAUGCGUACAGCACGACGUCCUCUCAGCAAUACCCCUCCCGAAACAACGACUCGACUCUUGGUACGAACGGCGGCAACGGGGGCGGAAACGGGCAAGGCAUGAACAAGAAAGAGCAGCUUUGGCGACAGCGGUGGGCGCGGGCUGAGCAGAUCCUUGGCGAUAAGGGCGUUUUGCUGCGCAGCUGGCGGGUGGGGAGUGAUGUCAUGGACGAAGCCGUCAAGAUCGUAGAGAAGGCGAAUGAGCGGAGAGAGUACGAGGGGUCUAGAGAGCGGUCUGAUAAACGGAAGAAAUGAGUAUAAUCGGUUGCUCUUGGAAUUUAGUUGUGUUACGGUGCUUGGGAAACGGGGGAUUGCAGCAUGGGUAGCGACAUCUACAGGAGCGGUGAGCGCUGAUUUGGUUUAUUGGGUACUCUUUGAAAAACUAUGAUUCGCGGCGUACUAUUCUUCCGUCUCUCCAUCGUCUCAUAAGGGUUUAGAUAUUGCCCGAGUGCUCUAGCAUGCCCCCCUGUCCUUUGGGCGUGUAAUUGAGAGAGAAGUUGACCCACAUGGGAGCCCAUGC